AUGGAAUCACCGACACCAACGCCAGGAGCCUCGGCGGCCAAACUCACACCCAGUCAAGAGCAAGCCCGUCUACGACGAGAACGACGGGAUGCAAAAAUCAAGGCUGGAGGCGCCUCUCGUCUUCAAGCAAUCUCGUCUCUAAAUGGAGGACGCGCACCUCCAGGCCCUCCACCCGCUCAAGCAGCGGCAACACCACCGUCAAGACCACAGCCCGCAUCCGUCCACGAUGACCCUGCCGAAGUAGACAUCUCACAGCACUACUACACCCCCCAAACCCAACCUCGCCUCCCUCCCUCGCGCUCCAACCAGCCAAACCCCUUCGCCUUCAAUGGCACCGAAGUACCGCCCUUCCCACCCCCAGGCGGCAACCCCAAUGACGACCCUAUGAUGGCCAUGCUUCAACAAAUGAUGGGAGGAGCUGGAGAUGGCGACCCCAACAGCCCCCAGAUACCGCCCGGCAUGCCUCCCGGCCUGGCACAGAUGCUAGGUGGCAUGGGACAGGGUGAACCUGCGCCUCCAGCCUCGAGCUCUGCACACCUGUGGCGGAUAGUCCAUGCGCUGUUCUCGCUCGGUCUGGCACUAUAUAUCACGGUCACUACAUCGUUCACGGGCUCGAAGUUGGCACGCACGCAGAGAGUGGGGUCGGACUCGUGGGCGGAUGAUGAGGGGGCAUCUGCGGCUACACUGACGCACUUCUUCUACGCGUUUGCGACGUUCGAGGUCGUGAUGCAGUCGAGUCGGUAUUUCUUAGAGCGGGGUAGGCUGCCGCCAUCGGGCUUGCUCGGGGGUGUGGCCCAGAUACUACCGGAGCCGUACGCAGGAUAUGUACGCGUUGUGGGCCGAUACAGUGUCAUUUGGCGGACGGUGGUGGCAGAUGCGAUGGUCGUUGUGUUCGUGCUGGGAGCUUCUGCUUGGUGGAGAGGUGGUGUCGUGUCUUAGGACGGGCAUCCGCUUCAAUGAGCCUAAAUUAAUGAAACGAGACGAUAUCCUUUCAAUCGUGCUCAAACUGUGGCACACGGUGAUACUUUUUAGGUGAGAAUACAUGAAUAUAUCACAAAAUAUACACAGAAGCCUUGGAACUCUACCCAUGCCCGUCUCUAUCCUACAGCCCAUAUGUUACAGCUUGUGUUCUAUUACACAGCGACACAGCCAUGCCUCCUACCCCUUAGGGUUUCCACCGUUCGUAAUGCAGCUCUUAGCACAUCGACAACGUCCCUCAUUACUUAAGCCACACCUCUCGCAGCCUU